CGUCCGGCGUCGCGGCGGCGCUGGCGGCAGCUAUUCGGAACAAGCCAGCCAAGUUCAGGGACGGGGAGCCGGCUACUAUAUAACGCCAAGGUGGCCGCCGGGGGAGACAGUCAGAGAGCAGAACGGACAGGACACACCACACGCCCGCCAUGGAGAGCACACGAAUGAUCCUUGCGUUUGUCGCGCUGUGCGUGAUCGCCGCAGCCAACGCCAAACCCGCUGGUGACCUGGAGCCGCAGAAGCUGGCCAGGGAAAAGAAGCAGACCUCCUCAACCUACCCCUACGACUCGCAGGGCUACAGCGCCUACUCCUCGUCGAGGUACAACCCCUCCUCUGCGUACGGCUCCAGCCCGUACGGCAGCUCGGGCUACGGCGGCUACAGCGGUCAGCAGGGCUACGGUAGCCAGGGCUACGGCAGUCAGGGCUACGGCAGCCAGGGUUACGGCAGCCAGGGUUACGGCAGCCAGGGCUACGGCAGCCAGGGCUACAACAGCGCCUACCCGUCCGGCCGAUCGUACAACCCGUCGGGCGCGUACGGCAGCUCGGGCUACGGCGGCUACAGUGGUCAGCAGGGAUACGGCAGCCAAGGCUACAACCAGGGCUACGGCAGCCAGGGCUACGGCAGCCAAGGCUACGGCAGCCAAGGCUACGGCAGCCAGGGCUACAACAGCGCCUACCCCUCGGGCUCGGGCUACAGCCAGUACUCUCGACAGGGGCAGGCUGGCUACGGCGGCUACAGCAGCGGCGUCUACAACUCCCCCAACCCCUACAGCAGCUCGUCCUACCCCGGCGGCUACAGCAGCGGUGGCUACAACAGCGGCGGCUACAACAGCGGCUACAGCGGCAGCUACUAGGCGCAGUGCACCGGGCUGCAAGUGCGGCCACUGCCACAUCUUCAGCAGUGUUGUGAUGGACGAGGACUUGAGUGAGCGGGGCAGGGAGGGGGAGGGAGGGGCGACCUAGUUGAGAGCGGAUCCGAAGUUCGCGGGCGUGGAAGAAACGGUUGCCGAAACCCACAUAGUGCACCUAGAAUAAUGGAUUCGACGUUGAAACCCUCCCGGUUCGACCUUGAAUGGGUGUCGGCCACCAUUUCGGUACAAAGCCGUCACCGAUGAGAAUUAUUGGCAGUCGUAUGCCGUGAGCGAAGCGAACUUGGUGACAGGAAAUGCUGUCGCAAUUGGGCAUGUAUACUUAAAGAAUAAAACCUCUUUACGUUUUUUUA